GGGCGCGCGCCAGCCGUUUCAUCGCCUCUGAUUGGCUGACAGAGGCUCUAGCGGACAGCACCUGCUCUAUUCUAACAGGCGCGUGCGAGUAGAGACCCAUGCGCGCCUGCACUUACAGCACGUAGACAAGUUCAGCAAGCGCUCAUCUUCUCUAAUAAAGAUGCUCUCCUCCCGUGUGCUGCUUCGUGGUUUGCGGGCUGAGAACGCGUUAUGGAGGAGCCUGUCCACCUCGACUAGAGCUCUGGCUUCACACGGCCACAGUGUGGAUGUGAUUGACUGCAGUGUUCCUCAGUACAAUAACCGUCUGGAUACACCACUGCCUGAUAUUCCAUUCGUCAGAAAUCUCACUCCUGAGCAGAAGAAGCUGAAGGAGAAAGAGAAGGAGUCAUGGACGAACCUCACCAAGGAGGAGAAACUAGCACUGUAUAGACUCACAUAUGAGCUGAGCUAUGCAGAGAUGAGGCAGGGAUCUGAUGAGUGGAAGACAGUGAUGGGAGGGGUCUUCUUUUUCCUUGGCUUCACAGGCCUGGUGGUAUUGUGGCAGCGUUUUUAUGUGUAUGGUGAUGUGCCACACACUCUUUCUCCAGAAUGGGUGGAGAAACAAACCCAAAGGAUGAUCGACAUGAGGGUUAACCCUGUGCAUGGUUUCUCUGUGAACUGGGACUAUGAGAAGAAACAGUGGAAGUAAAAUCCCUCUUUCAUUAACCUGAGGUUGAAAUCUUAACCACUUUAAAAUAUAUUCAACAAUAUACAUCAAAUAAACACUGACUGGAACGUGA